AUGGCCGCUGUCUCCGACGAAGAUCAGGAAAGAGCAAGUGAAGAAAUGUAUGAUAAGGGGAGACAAGAAAUGAGUUGUGUACCUGUAUGUGGUAGUCAUCCUUUAAUUGAUCAAGAUAUAUUGAAGAAUAAAAACCAGAAAGUUAUAACUAGUAUGAAUCGUGUUUCCGUUGUUUGUGGCCAUCUUUAUUCUGAUAGAGAUAAAAGCUAUGAAGACAAGGUAGCUCAUCGGUUCUUGGAAGAAGUCAACCUUUUUCUUCAAAAACAGGGAAAAACACCGAUAGCAUGGGGUACGGCUGUUAAAUUUCUUAAUGCUCGAAAAUUCGACCCGAAGCGAGCUAUUGAUCUAUUUAUAGCUCAUGAGACAAUUCGUAAAACCGAAGACUUGCAGGAUAUUGACCCGUCUGAUAAAGAAAUAAAAAGGGAGCUAACUUCUGGUAAAUUUACCAUUCUGCCACAUCGAGAUAACAGUGGGGCAGCAGUAGCUUUAUUUACAGCUCGAUUACACAUACCUUCUCAUACUACACAUCAAAUUACAUUGAAAGGUUUAGUUUAUCAGUUAGAUUGUGCUCUAGAGAGCCUGGAAACCCAGAAACAUGGUUUAGUAUUUAUAUAUGAUAUGUCAGAUUCGAAAUAUGCCAACUUUGAUUAUGACCUCAGCAGUAAAAUACUGAGUAUGCUUAAGGGAGCCUAUCCAGCUAGAUUGAAGAAAGUUCUGAUUGUUACAGCACCAUUGUGGUUUAAAGCUCCAUUUAAUUUAUUACGUUUAUUUGUCAAAGAAAAAUUACGUGACAGGGUAUUUACAGUUGAUUUAAGUCAACUUUCAAAACAUCUACCAGAGGAGUGUAUUCAUCCUACAUUAGAUAGCAGUCGAAUUCCCAGUCAUAACAGCUGGUUACAACUCUGUUAUAAAAUAUCCACCAAUCAAACACCAGAUAUGGAUUCAUUUUUCAUCUCCCGUAAAAGGGGACAUAACUCUAUUGACUAUGAUUCGCGAUCUGUUUCACGUAGUGGGUCUAGUGAUGCAGAAUUACACAUCAGUGAUAUGGAUUCGAACUCAGAAGCGUCAAAAGAAACAAUAAAUGAAAAAUAUCAUCAUGAAGACAGGGAGAAAGAACGCGAAUUUGAUGGAACAGACUCUGAAAAGGAGGUAAAUUUUGAAAAAGAUGGAACGUUAACAAAUGGAAAGCGUAGAAAAACUAACGAUUCGAAUCGUGACGGUCGGAAAAGGAAUUCAGAGUUAUCUGCCUCGGAAGAAGCCACGGAUGAUAAUUUUUCCGUAGAACAAAAGAAAAAGAAACGACCCCAAUCGUCGGGGUCGAAUAUUUUAGACGAUUCAAUCCAUAUGCCAGACGAUCGUGGUAUGACAAUAUCUCAACUUGUAGAUCAUAUAAAAAUGGUCAAACGGAAGGGAUUAUUCUCAGAAUAUGCUCAUAUUAAAAUGGAAGCGCCAUCUGGCACUUUUUUGGAAUCAAAAGCUCGUCACAAUCUACCAAAGAAUCGUUAUACCGAUGUUUUAGCAUACGAUCAUAGUCGAGUUAAAUUACCUGUUACUGAGGACAAUCCAGAUGAUUAUAUUAAUGCUAACUACGUAGACGGCUACAUGCAGAAAAACGCUUAUAUUUCUACUCAAGGUCCCUUACCAAAAACAUUUGAAGAUUUCUGGAGAAUGGUGUGGUCCAAUCAAACUCAAGUUAUUGUCAUGACAACCAAAACUAUAGAACGUCAGCGAAUGAAAUGUGGUCAAUACUGGCCGAAUGAAGAAACAACCAAUGAGCAGUUUGAAGAGUUUAUUGUGUAUAACAAUACUAUUAAACAAUUUCAAGAUUAUAUAGAAACUAAACUUAUUUUACACAAUACAAAGACUGGUGAAUCAAGGAAUAUAACACAUCUUCAGUUUGUCACUUGGCCAGAUUACGGAAUCCCACCAGCCACAGGGUUCUUAAACUUCCUGUUCCACGUUCGACAAACCCAGGAGGAGGCUACCCAGAAUAUGGGUGAGGCGUGGCAGGGACAUCCCAGAGGUCCACCAAUAGUUGUCCAUUGUAGUGCUGGUAUAGGUCGAACAGGUACAUUUGUCACAAUAGACAUAUCUUUAAGAAGACUAGAAGAUAUAUCUACAGUUGAUAUCAGGGAAACGGUGAGGAGAAUACGAAGUCAACGAGCGUUUAGUAUCCAGAUGCCAGACCAAUAUGUAUUCUGUCACCUAGCCGUCGUGGACCACGCUGUACGAGAGGGACUAAUCAAGGAAGUAGAAGCUAUGUCUUUACAAAGUGACAGUGAAAGUGACUAA